CAGGGGGCCAGUACUUACCCGAGAGGUGGAAAUGAUCUGUCUCUUCAGUGACCUGGAGUUACUCAUCUCUACCACAUCUCCACCUUCAUCUUCCAGCGCCACCGACACCGCCAUCAUGUAUCUCAUUCUCUUCACUGCCCUUUGCGGACUAGCAACUCUGCCAAACAUGGCGACUGCGGCAGCUAUACCGCCUCACAAACCAUUUCACGAAGCGACUCACGUCACAGGAAACAGCUCCGAUAAAGGCAGCGAGGGGGAGUUCCUCUACGUGGUAGCGAGCGAGGAAGGUGGCGUCGAAACGCUCAACGACGAAGACUUCGACAUCACUCCUGAGGGACACUUCGUGGGCUUCGAUGAUGCCCAAAACGACACAGCGCCCACGCAGAAGCACGAGAUUUCGCCGGGGAACCCUGACUUGCCCAAACCGGUCCUUCACGCCGUUUUGGACGAAAUUGCGUUUGCUGUGGAAGAUGAUCCCCUGGUGAGAGAGGUUGUGAAGACGUCUCUGAAAUCCGGAGGCAUUCCCGUCGAGGUUCUCGCUCCCGGCCAGAAGUCAAGCAACCAACAAGCAAUUCUCAUUGAAGUGUUUCACCUGGAAGAUGAAGGGAAGGAGAAAUCCGGAGAGGACCAAGAAAAUCAGAAGAAUAACGCAGCUGUAACAGAUGAACGUCUGACGUUAACGGGGCUGCUCACUUCGGAAAACAACAAUGAAGUUCGACCGAGCGGCCUCCCUGCUGGGAGCCUCUCAAGGCUCGUUCAAUUGGUGGGCAAAGAUGUGGAAAAUGUGGGAGAAAGGGCUCAGGAAACAAGGAAGAGAAGGAAUUCGGUAGGAAACGAUACGGUAGCCGUUCAAGCAGCCAAAGUGAGCUCAACAACACCAGAAGCAGAUUCUGAUUCGUCAACCAUUAUUCCUUCCACAGUCAAGAAUCCGGCGGGGUUUGAUAAAGAUCUGCAGUUAACGACACUGUCACCCAAAAAUAUUGAAUCAAGUCCUUCACCUAAGAACUAUUCAUCAAUCAUACUUAUAAUGGGUUCUGAAGAGGAUGAUGAUGAUGACGAUUCAGACGAAAGGGUAAAAAGGCAAGGAAAGGUGGACGAUGACAAUAGCCAAGAAGACGAUCUGGACGCAACCACUGAGGUUACCGACAGUGGUGUUGAUGUGAAUCCAACUCCCCGCCCCAGUCCAGGUUGGACAAUACUUCUUAGAAGGAGAAGACAAGCAGAAGGCGGUUCAGACAUUUCUACAGUAAAUGAAGAUUCUCUUGCAGUGACAAUCUUACCCUCAAAGGCUGACCUAAGCACCGAAUCUGUACUACACGGUAUUUCAAGCACUACAGAGAGCAAUGAAGAGUUGGCCACCAUUACCGAAAAAAAUAUUUCUAGCACUACAGAGAUCAGUGAAGAAUCGGUUACCGGCGCACAGGAAAAUAUUCCUAUCACUACAGAGAGCAGUGAAGACUCGGUUAGCAGUACUGAAGAAAAUACUUCUAGCGCUCAACUGAUUGUUUCCAGUACCGUCGACAGUAUUUCCAGCACUGAAGUGUCGAUCACCAAAGUUGAAGGAAGCUCAGCGAACUCCAUUGAGGAGGAGGAAACCACACUUUCAGUGGAUGGGGAUGAUGUCUCAACAACAGCAGCAGCAACAACAACAACACCCUCUUUAGAAAAUGAAGUUGCAACUACGACGGAGGGAAAUGUAAUCAGCGAAGAAGAUCCAGGUAACUCUUCUGGAGAGGAAACCACCGCAUCAGAGGGAGACGAAGAUUCCUCAGAAGACGACGAUAGUUCUGAAUCGACAGAAAAAACUGAUGAAAACGAAGAUGCUUCUUCCGAGGCGGAAAAAGCUGAUGGAAACGAAGGUGCUUCUUCCGAGGCGAAAAAAUCCAAUGGAAACGAAGGUGCUUCUUCCGAGGCGAAGACUAUUGAUAAUGCAGAUAUAAUAUUAGAUUUUUAUGAUAUUUAGCUCUAGUUUCUGAAGUACUAUCUUUAAAAAAAUAUUUUUAGAAUCGCUUUGAUUGACUGACUGAUUAAUUUAGUGGUGUAAACUUGCGUUACUUUUAGAAUCAAUAUUAAGCCGAUAUUAAGUCAUUUCAGGCCGAAAUAUUCUU